CAUUACGUCACUUUUUUUUUAUCAAUGCUGUUGAAGUCUCGACAUAUAGAUGUCUAUUAAUAUGUUAAAGUCGCAAGUUUUAAAUGCAUUCAGGUUAAUCGCUGUUACUGACUGCAAGCGAUCGUAUUUUACGUUACUAUACGUCGCGAAAGUUGUUCGCAAAGCAAAUUAUUUAGGACCUAUUGUACGCAGAAGAACGCAAAUCGAGAAUUCAAGUAGCGGACGAUACUCGUGUGUGAAACAAGCAUAUUCGACAAUGAGUGUGGACAUUACUUUGUAUACAUUACCCAACAAUCAGCCUGUUGUUGCAUUAGAAUGUGAAACUGCAUUUAAAGCUUUGACACAAAAGGAGAAACUAUAUGCCCAUUAUUUGAGUCAAGCAGCAUGGAAUGGAGGAUUAAUAGUAUUAAUACAAACAUCACCGGAAUCUCCAUUAAUAUUUGCAUUGUUACAUAAAAUUUAUCUCGCAGAACCUAUCGACGAAUUGAAAAAUGCUGCUACAUGUGCCAAUGUUACCGAAGAUGAAUUUACGGCUUUCUUAGUUUACAGUUGCGGAAUAUUUGCUAAUGCAGGAAACUACAAAGCUAUGGGUGAUACUAAAAUUAUCCCCAAUCUUCCCAAAAAUACAUUUGAGACAAUAGUGAAAGCUUCAAAGGCCUAUAAGGAUAAUCCUACAGAAAUACAUGAUAUUUGGAAUAAUAUAUCAAACAGCCUGUAUUCUUUAGAUGGCAAGCUGAAGUCACUGGGAUUAAGCGAUAAAGGUAUCACAACUUAUUUCUCUGCAAACUGUACUAAAGAGGAUGCAGAUAGGGUCAACGCAUUUAUGGAACAUAAGGGAUUGGAAUCCUAUAAUGCAAGAUGCUUCAAGACGACAACGCACGAUCCCUCAGCUAACGAUAAAUGCAUCGAUGUAUAUGAAAUCAAACUGGCAUCCGUGGAGACCUUAGACGAUCCUAAAAUAACGCUUCCCGAAGAAACAUAUGGAAAUGCUAGAUUUAAAAUCACAAGAGGAGAUUACAGCAAACUAUUGGUGCCAGUCGUGGAGAACCUCGGGAAAGCCAAGGAAUAUGCGUCCAAUCAGAUCGAAAAAGAUAUGUUGGAUAGGUAUAUUGAUCAUUUUAGAACAGGAUCUUUGAAUGAUCAUAAGAAUGGUUCUCGUCUUUGGAUAAAGGAUAAAGGACCGGUUAUUGAGACUUAUAUCGGCUUCAUUGAGACGUAUAGAGAUCCGGCGGGUCAACGAGGAGAGUUUGAAGGUUUCGUGGCGAUGGUAAAUAAAGAAAUGUCUGCAAAAUUUGCUACAUUGGUUAAUAGAGCCGAAGAAUUGAUUCCCAAGUUACCAUGGAACAGCGAUUUUGAAAAAGACACAUUCUUGAAGCCAGACUUUACCUCCUUGGACGUCCUAACGUUCGCGGGUUCUUGUAUUCCAUCGGGAAUUAAUAUCCCGAAUUACGACGAGAUCAGGCAAUCGGAAGGUUUUAAGAAUGUAUCUUUAGGGAACGUUUUACCUGCGCAUAUGAAGGACGUUAACGUGAUUCCGUUUCUGUCUGAAACCGACCAGGCGUUGAUGCACAAAUACAGGAUAGCUAGCUUCGAGGUGCAAGUUGGUCUACACGAGCUUCUCGGCCAUGGUACCGGUAAAUAUUUCAAACAGACAGGGCCGGAUAGCUUCAACUUCGAUCGCGACAACGUAAAGAAUCCUCUAAAUGGAAAUAAGAUAGACAAGUAUUUUCUAAAAGGAGAGACCUACGACUCUAAAUUCGGCGCCAUGGGAUCUUCAUACGAGGAAUGCAGAGCAGAGGCGGUCGGUCUUUAUUUGAGUUUGGAGAAGGAAGUGUUGAAUAUAUUCGGUUAUGAAGGAUCUGAAGCAGAUGACAUAGUCUAUGUGAACUGGCUAUCUCUAUUAUGGGCUGGUUUCGCCAAAGCCUUCGAGAUGUAUCAACCGUCCACCGGGACAUGGUCGCAAGCUCAUGCUCAAGCACGUUACGUUUUGCUUAGAGUGUGCUUGGAAGCGGGACAGGAUUUUGUUAAUGUUGUCGAAACUGAAGAAGGAAAGAAUCUUCUAAUGACUGUGGAUCGAAGGAAAAUUUCCACAGUCGGUAAAAAAGCCAUCGGAGAUUUUCUCUUAAAAUUGCAUGUUUAUAAGAGUAUAGGAGAUAUCGAGUCAGCUAAGGAAAUAUAUGACAGAUAUAGCGAAGUGCCUGAAAGUGGAGUGCAUCCGUGGGCUCAUUGGAGAAAUAUAAUCCUGUCUCGCAAAGAGCCAAGGAAGAUCUUUGUUCAAUUAAAUACAUUUAUUGACGGCUUUGAUCCUAGUAAUGUGAUACUGAAGAAUUAUGAAUCCUCAUUUACAGGACUUAUUCAAUCAUGGAUAGAGAGGUUUCCAAAUUUAGACACAUCUCAAACACUGAUAGAGCUUUGGAACAAAGAUAAACAUCAUUUUGUACCGACAAAUAAUUAAUCAGAGCACUUGUAUAUGUGAAUCCAAUUGUUGAAAUUUAAAAAUUUCCGUAUCCAUAUUUAGUUACUCAUAUGAAGCUGGAAUAUAUAUUACAUUAUUUAAAAAUAUUAAGUUUUGCAAUAUUUUAUUUCUAUGAAUUGACAAUAGUUGAUUUAAUUUCAAAAUUGGAUAUGUACAUAUAGAGUGCGCAACAGUUUAACUAUUUAUAAAACUGAAUCCAUGUGCGAAUGGUUAUAAGUAUUAUAGAUAUUAUUGGACAAAAUGAUAUAUAUCUAGUGUGAUAUUUAUCGCUAAAUCUUGUCCUUGAUAUACUAGGUUUUAUAUAUUUUUCUAACAUGUGAAACUGUACACACACAAUUUAAAUGAAAUUUGGAUAGCUAUAUUUAGCGCUAAAUGUGCGUUGAGAAUACAUGAAAGAAAAUGCAUUUAAAAGUAGAAAUAUUCCGAGCUUGUAUGGAACAUAUAUAAAAAUAAUUCUAAUAAAAAUAUAUAUACAAUUCUUUAUUCUA